CAGCAGUUAUUCUGUGCUGACUCAGCAAUUUUGGUAUACCCGCGUACUGACCUCUGUUUGGGACUGAUCGAGAACGCUUCUGCGGCGAAAGAGUAGCUACGUACAGCGGGAGUGAAAGGGACGGUGGAGAAUGUCGUCGGUCCAGAGUCAGAUCCAGCAGGACUGGAACAACAGGGAGUUUGUGGAGACCAUUGCCUCCAGCGUCAAGAGGAUUGCGGAGUUCCUCAACGCUUUUGACCUGUCUGCACGAUCAAGGUUGGCUCUGUUGAACCAGAAACUGACAAACCUGGAGAGACAGGUGGAGUACAUUGAGGCCAGAGUCACCAAGACCUGAGGCCAAGAUCACGGAUCAUCACAUCCCCCUACACACCCCGUCAUGAACACACUUGACUUGUACUGCAAUAGACUGUUAAUUUCACAUUCAGUAGAUGCACUCAAUAUCUUUUGAACAUGGUGCAGUAUCCAGAUAUAUAUGUGCAUGUAGAGUGUUUUAUAUUGCAUAACACAGCAGCACACUGACUGUAAUAGACUAUUUCAUUAAUAUGGCGACAGUGCACAAAGAGUUAAAAAUCUGUUGUAUAUACAUGUUAUAGCAGAAGAUGAACCAUUAAAAUCUUCUCAUGUAGACUCAAGUACUGGCUGUGGUGGCCGGAGAAUCUUCGCCUGAAAU